AUGCGGACCGGAAGUCGCCCUAAUAACGUGGCCCUGACCUUCAACGCGCUAGACACGCCAACCAAUCAGCUUCGAGUUUUGUAUCCCAGAGAGAGGCUGAGAAACUUCACCGUGUGCCACGCGGCGCUGUUCCAGUACAGUAACGCCGGCCAGCUGGUGCAGUCCAUUGAGGUGAACCGAGUGCUCGGGGCCGAUCACUUCUACGUGUACAACCUCAGCGUCUCCAACGCGACGGACGCCGUGCUGCACCGCUACGAGAAACUCGGCCUCCUCACCGUCAUGCAGUGGCAGCUGCCCCAGGAUAAUGUCUGGUACCGCGGUCAGAACCUGGCCAUCAACGACUGCGUCUACAGGAACAGGCUGGUGUCGCGGUACGUCGUCAUCCAGGACACGGACGAGUUCAUCGUGCCCGGCCUCCACAACAAUUGGGGGGAACUCAUCGAACACGUCGUGAAGAACACGAGCUCAGCCGCCGGGCUCUCUUCACCGACGAUAGGCUCCUUCUCGGUGGAGACCACCUUUCACUGCGGUAAGCCCAACCAAACGCAGUGGGACGACAUCAAGAAGGAUUUCCCCAUGACACCGGACGAAGAGCAGUUUUACAGAAAUCACUCUCUUUUCGCGUUCUUGAACCACUUGCGCAUCAAGGCGGUCAUGCAUUACAACAAAUACUGCAAGACGAUCGUCCGACCAGAGCUCAUCCUCUUCGCUGGCAUCCACUACACUCACGCGCACCGCGACUCGUCCACGCACACAGUGGUCAGGAGAGACCUAGCCAUCGUCCACCACUACAAAGACAGGUUCAGGCCUGAGAUGAUGGACGCUACAAUUCUAAAAUUCAAAAACGUGAUGUAUCCAAGACUAAAAGCUGCGUUUCUGGAAUUUCCAUUUCUUUAA